AUGGAGAAAUCUCGUCGUUUCAGUGUCCAUUAUUCAAGCCCUGGAGUUUAUGAGAUCAAUUGUUUUCCUUGUUCUCAUGGCCUUGCUGCAUUACAAGCUGCUUCUGAAAAUGUAUAUGAUUAUAUUGAUAAGUACUUUCAUGUUGAUAUGUUCAAGAAGAGCUACAGUUUUCCUAUCCAUCCGAUAACCAAUGUUGAUAUGUCUUCUUCGGAUUCUGCUUCUGAAUGUAUAUUACCUCCCCUUGCGAAGAGGCCCCCCGGGAGGCCUAGGGUGAAGCGGUUCAAGUCAGUUGGAGAGGUUGAAAAGAAGCUGAUUCGUUGUGGUCGUUGUGGCAAAAUGGGCACUCAUAACAAGUUGAGCUGCACUGAACCUCUCGUUCAGCAGUAG